AUGUCAAUUCGUUUGGCAAAUUGUCUGCUAAAAAUAUUUUUCGAAAAGGCUUUGGCGAUUCCUACGUUCCAUCAUUACCCAAUCAUGUUUGCAUCAUAUUAUAUGGUAGUGAUUGCUUUGCCGUUGUAUGUAGCGCAAAUAACGGUAUCAAAUCAGGAGAGUCCGCCAAUACAGGCAGAAAUAGGAAACGAUAAGGAAAUAACGAUUGUGGCUAAUGACAGUAAGGUAAAAGGAAAAUGGUUCAAAUGUGAGCUGUGCGAUAAGCAAUUCGGAUAUGCUAGUGCACUGAAACGCCAUAUGAGGACACAUACUGGUGAAAAAAAAUACACAUGUAAGGUAUGUGAUCAGCAAUUCGGGCAUGCAAGCAGUCUGAAACGCCAUAUGACGAUACAUACCGGUGAAAUAAAUUACAUAUGUAAGGCAUGUGAUAAACCAUUCCGGCAUGCAAAGUCUCUGAAGCGCCAUUUGAGGAUACAUACCGGUGAAAAAAACUACAUAUGUAAGAUAUGUGAUAAGCGAUUCGGAGAUGCAAGCAGUCUGAAACGCCAUAUGAGGAUACAUACCGGUGAAAAAAACCGCAUAUGUGAGAUAUGUGAUAAGCAAUUCGGAGAUACAAGCGGUCUGAAACGCCAUAUGAGGACACAUACCGGUGAAGAAAAUCACAUAUGUAAGGUAUGCAAUAAAACAUUCAAUCAGCAUUCAAAUAUGAAGAUACACGAAUUGACACAUGAAAACGUGCGAUCAUUCGAAUAUGAACAGUGUGGUAAGAAUUCCACUCGGAAUUGUAAUUUGGAAAAACACGUGAAUGUACACAAAUGUUCGCGUGAAAAGCUGUAUUCUACAUCGGACGAUCUGAAUCGAAACAAAUCGACGCACGAGGAUGUGCGACCAUUCAAAUGUGGAAGAUGCGAUAAAAUACUUAAAAAGCUUCACCAUCUGAAAAACCAUAUGAAGACACAUUGGGACGGAAAGAUACUGAAAUGCAACGGAUGCGAUAAAACAUUCAAAUACCCUUCAAAUCUGCAACGACACAAAUUGACGCACGACAACGUGCGAUUCGAAUAUAUGCAAUGUGGCAAGAAUUUCACUAAGUAUUAUUUGAAAGAACACAUGAAAAUACAUAGAAGAUCGAAUGAAGAGCUGUAUUCUGCAGUAAGCUCUUUAAUGAUAUCGAUAGCCGAAGAUAUCAUUGACACAGAAAUAUUAAUAAUGAAAAUCCUUGAAUUCACAAGUAUAUAA